AUGGCUGCAACUGAAGAAAUAAAUGAUAAUUUAGAUCAGGAAACUUUUGGGGAUAGGUCUUGUGAAAAUUCUAGUCCUAUUGGUGAAAAAGAUAAUCAGUGUAAUUUAUGCAGCAAUAAGUUAUUUAGUCCUCGAGUAUUGUCAUGCCUUCAUGUUUUUUGUGAAGCAUGUUUGGAUAAAAUUUUAACGGAUGAUGCGAAUGAAUCUAAAAAGAAAGAAAAUGUUAUACAAUGCCCUGAAUGUAAACAAGAAACUAUACUUGGUAAUAAGGGUGCUAGUAGUUUACCUAUUGAUUAUGUCACAUCAAAUAUUUUGGACAUGGAUGCAGUCAAAACGAAGACUGUAUUAUGUACCAGUUGUAAAUCGACUGAGAAAGCAAUAUCAAGAUGUGCAGAUUGUGCUAAUUUUUUGUGUUCCAAUUGUAACUCUGCUCACGAAGUUAUGAGAUGUUUUGAAAAUCAUCAUGUUUAUACGCUUGAAGAUUUAAGAAAAAGCUCAAAAUUAAUACCCAUUCAUAAACCUGUACUUUGUAACAUUCAUCCUACAGAGCAAGUCAAAUUUUUUUGUCUACAGUGCCAGAUAUCAACAUGCAGUGAAUGUAUUGGAGAACAUAAAGUUGCAGAUCAUCCUCAUGAGAGAGUGUUUGAAGCAGAAGGAAAACAACGGGAAGAAUUAAAAAACCUUAUACAAGAAAGUCGAACGCGCGUCCUUUUUUGCAACGAUGCUUCAAAUACUUUAGGCAAUGCUUUAAACGAAUUGCAGUUGCAGCAUGACAAUGCCAAGGAUUUAAUUCAGGAAACUUUUCAGAGUUAUAAAGCCGUUUUGGAAAAGAGAAGAGAUGAAUUACUCAACGAAUUGGAAGAGCUUCAUCAUUUAAGGGAAUUAGAAGUCAUGGAAUUAUUCCAUUGCAUCGAGAAAACAGGGAAUCAAAUGGAGGAUGCUUGUAAAUUUGCCAGAAGAUUAAUUGAACUUGGAAACGCAGCAGAAGUACUGACGUUAAAAAAAGUCGUUGGAACGCAGUUGAUGAAUUUAAUUAAUAAUACACCCAAACCGGAUGUAAAUGUAGCUUUGGAAUUCAACACGAAUUUUGAAAAGUUUACAGAAGUUGUUAAAAUGUAUUUUGGCAAAUUCAAACCUUUGAGUCCUCCUAUAUCAAACACUGCAACUCCGAGUCCAAAGGAAGCUAAUUCACCAACUACAAUUUUGCCCUUUAGCUGCAAUAAUACAACAGCAACAACUAAUAAUAUGACUAAUCUCACUUCCAAUACCUUGGCUAGCCUGGCCGAAAAAACGGAUUUGGAAGCUGCCACUGGUUCGGUUAAUCCGAGUCCCACGCCACCCUUUAGUAUUGCUGAUCUAAUUACCGGUGAUUUUAAUUCAACAAACGCGCUACACAAUUUGCAAGCUUUAGCAAAACUUACCUUAAAUAACCAAGGAUGGGCUAAUUACCUUAACCAAUCUUCCCGAUAUUUCCCAACCUACGAAUACGAAUCCUUAAUUAAAGAUGUUGUAUCAAACGGUUCUUUGAACGGUGGAGCAACAGUAAAUGGUGGAUUAGUUUUGGGACGUGGAGGAACAUCACCGAUUUUGGAUCAAGUACCCAACAAUCAUAUAUCGCUUAACGCUGCAUUAGCAUCAUUAAAUUCAUCAGGUUAUCCCAAUUUAUCAGCGCCUAAUUCUCCAAUUAUUCCAAAUACCGAUAUGAAUGGGUUGAGCACGCCCACUUCUGGAAUGAAUUCUUAUCCUCAUCCAAGAGUGCCAAACGCAAGACUAAAUUCAAUGCAAAUAAGAUGUAAAUUCGGACAACUCGGUGCCGGAAAAGGACAGUUUAAUUCUCCUCACGGUUUUUGUUUAGGAACGGAAGAAGAUAUUAUUGUUGCCGACACGAAUAACCACCGAAUUCAGGUUUUUGAAAAAAAUGGUACGUUUAAAUUCCAAUUCGGAAAUCCGGGAAAAGAUGAAGGUCAUUUGUUUUACCCACGUAAAGUUGCCGUCGUUAAAUCUUCGGGAAAAUUUGUGGUAUGCGAUCGAGGUAACGAAAGAUCUCGAAUGCAAAUAUUUACAAAAAAUGGACAUUUCGUCAAAAAAAUAUCGAUAAGGUACAUAGACAUAGUCGCCGGUUUGGCUGUGACAUCUCAAGGUCACAUAGUGGCCGUCGACAGUGUUUCCCCGACGGUUUUCGUUAUAUCCGAAACGGGAGAUUUAUUAAAAUGGUUCGAUUGCUCCGAUCACAUGCGCGAACCUUCAGACAUUGCAAUAAAUGAGAAAGAAUAUUACGUGUGCGAUUUUAAAGGUCACUGCGUUGUCGUUUUUUCGGAAGAUGGAGAUUUUCUACGGCGAAUCGGUUGCGAAAGUGUAACAAAUUUUCCAAAUGGAAUCGACGUUUCCGAUGCGGGAGAUGUUUUAGUCGGUGAUUCACAUGGGAAUCGUUUUCACGUGGCUGUUUUCAACCGUGAAGGAACCAUGUUGUCGGAAUUUGAAUGUCCCUACGUAAAAGUUUCUCGAUGUUGCGGCCUUAAAAUCACAUCGGAAGGUUUCGUUGUAACCUUGGCCAAAAACAAUCAUCACCUAUUGGUGUUAAACACAUUGUACAUCAUGUAA